AUGAGGCUUCAAGCUGCUUCAUUGAAAGCCAUACAGGAGAUCGCUGCUGGUCACCGCCCUCACUGCAGAACAUACCUGAUUGACGGUUCAGUUUUUAUUUCUGCCCCCCCCUCCUACUACCGCUGCCCAACACUGUGUUUUUCUCACUGCCCAGCCCCUCCCUCCAUCCUCCGCACCAAUCGGAGAAGAGGGGAGAGAGGCUGGAUAUGCUCUGCCUCCCCCUGUGCCCGCCGACACUCCCCCCCCCCCUUCCUCCCCCCCCCCCCCCCCUUCCUUCCCCCCCCCCCCCUUCCCCCCCCACCCCCCCCCCCCCCCCCCCCCCCCCCCCCCCCCCCCCCCCCCCCCCCCCCCCCCCCCCCCCCCCCCCCCCCCCCCCCCCCCCCCCCCCCCCCCCCCCCCCCCCCCCCCCCCCCCCCCCCCCCCCCCCCCCCCCCCCCCCCCCCCCCCCCCCCCCCCCCCCUUCCCCCCCCCCCCCCCCCCCCCCCCCCCCCCCCCCCCCCCCCCCCCCCCCCCCCCCCCCCCCCCCCCCCCCCCCCCCCCCCCCCCCCCCCCCCCCCCCCCCCCCCCCCCCCCCCCCCCCCCCCCCCCCCCCCCCCCCCCCCCCCCCCCCCCCCCCCCCCCCCCCCCCCCCCCCCCCCCCCCCCCCCCCCCCCCCCCCCCCCCCCCCCCCACCCCCCCCCCCCCCCCCCCCCCCCCCCCCCCCCCCCCCCCCCCCCCCCCCCCCCCCCCCCCCCCCCCCCUCCCCCCCCCCCCCCCCCCCCCCCCCCCCCCCCCCCCCCCCCCCCCCCCCCCCCCCCCCCCCCCCCCCCCCCCCCCCCCCCCCCCCCCCCCCCCCCCCCCCCCCCCCCCCCCCCCCCCCCCCCCCCCCCCCCCCCCCCCCCCCCCCCCCCCCCCCCCCCCCCCCCCCCCCCCCCCCCCCCCCCCCCCCCCCCCCCCCCCCCCCCCCCCCCCCCCCCCCCCCCCCCCCCCCCCCCCCCCCCCCCCCCCCCCCCCCCCCCCCCCCCCCCCCCCCCCCCCCCCCCCCCCCCCCCCCCCCCCCCCCCCCCCCCCCCCCCCCCCCCCCCCCCCCCCCCCCCCCCCCUCCCCCCCCCCCCCCCCCCCCCCCCCCCCCCCCCCCCCCCCCCCCCCCCCCCCCCCCCCCCCCCCCCCCCCCCCCCCCCCCCCCCCCCCCCCCCCCCCCCCCCCCCCCCCCCCCCCCCCCCCCCCCCCCCCCCCCCCCCCCCCCCCCCCCCCCCCCCCCCCCCCCCCCCCCCCCCCCCCCCCCCCCCCCCCCCCCCCCCCCCCCCCCCCCCCCCCCCCCCCCCCCCCCCCACCCCCCCCCCCCCCCCCCCCCCCCCCCCCCCCCCCCCCCCCCCCCCCCCCCCCCCCCCCCCCCCCCCCCCCCCCCCCCCCCCCCCCCCCCCCCCCCCCCCCCCCCCCCCCCCCCCCCCCCCCCCCCCCCCCCCCCCCCCCCCCCCCCCCCCCCCCCCCCCCCCCCCCCCCCCCCCCCCCCCCCCCCCCCCCCCCCCCCCCCCCCCCCCCCCCCCCCCCCCCCCCCCCCCCCCCCCCCCCCCCCCCCCCCCCCCCCCCCCCCCCCCCCCCCCCCCCCCCCCCCCCCCCCCCCCCCCCCCCCCCCCCCCCCCCCCCCCCCCCCCCCCCCCCCCCCCCCCCCCCCCCCCCCCCCCCCCCCCCCCCCCCCCCCCCCCCCCCCCCCCCCCCCCCCCCCCCCCCCCCCCCCCCCCCCCCCCCCCCCCCCCCCCCCCCCCCCCCCCCCCCCCCCCCCCCCCCCCCCCCCCCCCCCCCCCCCCCCCCCCCCCCCCCCCCCACCCCCCCCCCCCCCCCCCCCCCCCCCCCCCCCCCCCCCCCCCCCCCCCCCCCCCCCCCCCCCCCCCCCCCCCCCCCCCCCCCCCCCCCCCCCCCCCCCCCCCCCCCCCCCCCCCCCCCCCCCCCCCCCCCCCCCCCCCCCCCCCCCCCCCCCCCCCCCCCCCCCCCCCCCCCCCCCCCCCCCCCCCCCCCCCCCCCCCCCCCCCCCCCCCCCCCCCCCCCCCCCCCCCCCCCCCCCCCCCCCCCCCCCCCCCCCCCCCCCCCCCCCCCCCCCCCCCCCCCCCCCCCCCCCCCCCCCCCCCCCCCCCCCCCCCCCCCCCCCCCCCCCCCCCCCCCCCCCCCCCCCCCCCCCCCCCCCCCCCCCCCCCCCCCCCCCCCCCCCCCCCCCCCCCCCCCCCCCCCCCCCCCCCCCCCCCCCCCCCCCCCCCCCCCCCCCCCCCCCCCCCCCCCCCCCCCCCCCCCCCCCCCCCCCCCCCCCCCCCCCCCCCCCCCCCCCCCCCCCCCCCCCCCCCCCCCCCCCCCCCCCCCCCCCCCCCCCCCCCCCCCCCCCCCCCCCCCCCCCCCCCCCCCCCCCCCCCCCCCCCCCCCCCCCCCCCCCCCCCCCCCCCCCCCCCCCCCCCCCCCCCCCCCCCCCCCCCCCCCCCCCCCCCCCCCCCCCCCCCCCCCCCCCCCCCCCCCCCCCCCCCCCCCCCCCCCCCCCCCCCCCCCCCCCCCCCCCCCCCCCCCCCCCCCCCCCCCCCCCCCCCCCCCCCCCCCCCCCCCCCCACCCCCCCCCCCCCCCCCCCCCCCCCCCCCCCCCCCCCCCCCCCCCCCCCCCCCCCCCCCCCCCCCCCCUCCCCCCCCCCCCCCCCCCCCCCCCCCCCCCCCCCCCCCCCCCCCCCCCCCCCCCCCCCCCCCCCCCCCCCCCCCCCCCCCCUCCCCCCCCCCCCCCCCCCCCCCCCCCCCCCCCCCCCCCCCCCCCCCCCCCCCCCCCCCCCCCCCCCCCCCCCCCCCCCCCCCCCCCCCCCCCCCCCCCCCCCCCCCCCCCCCCCCCCCCCCCCCCCCCCCCCCCCCCCCCCCCCCCCCCCCCCCCCCCCCCCCCCCCCCCCCCCCCCCCCCCCCCCCCCCCCCCCCCCCCCCCCCCCCCCCCCCCCCCCCCCCCCCCCCCCCCCCCCCCCCCCCCCCCCCCCCCCCCCCCCCCCCCCCCCCCCCCCCCCCCCCCCCCCCCCCCCCCCCCCCCCCCCCCCCCCCCCCCCCCCCCCCCCCCCCCCCCCCCCCCCCCCCCCCCCCCCCCCCCCCCCCCCCCCCCCCCCCCCCCCCCCCCCCCCCCCCCCCCCCCCCCCCCCCCCCCCCCCCCCCCCCCCCCCCCCCCCCCCCCCCCCCCCCCCCCCCCCCCCCCCCCCCCCCCCCCCCCCCCCCCCCCCCCCCCCCCCCCCCCCCCCCCCCCCCCCCCCCCCCCCCCCCCCCCCCCCCCCCCCCCCCCCCCCCCCCCCCCCCCCCCCCCCCCCCCCCCCCCCCCCCCCCCCCCCCCCCCCCCCCCCCCCCCCCCCCCCCCCCCCCCCCCCCCCCCCCCCCCCCCCCCCCCCCCCCCCCCCCCCCCCCCCCCCCCCCCCCCCCCCCCCCCCCCCCCCCCCCCCCCCCCCCCCCCCCCCCCCCCCCCCCCCCCCCCCCCCCCCCCCCCCCCCCCCCCCCCCCCCCCCCCCCCCCCCCCCCCCCCCCCCCCCCCCCCCCCCCCCCCCCCCCCCCCCCCCCCCCUCCCCCCCCCCCCCCCCCCCCCCCCCCCCCCCCCCCCCCCCCCCCCCCCCCCCCCCUCCCCCCCCCCCACCCCCCCCCCCCCCCCCCCCCCCCCCCCCUCCCCCCCCCCCCCCCCCCCUCCCCCCCCCCCCCCCCCCCCCCCCCCCCCCCCCCCCCCCCCCCCCCCCCCCCCCCCCCCCCCCCCCCCCCCCCCCCCCCCCCCCCCCCCCCCCCCCCCCCCCCCCCCCCCCCCCCCCCCCCCCCCCAGCCCCCCCCCCCCCCCCCCCCCCCCCCCCCCCCCCCCCCCCCCCCCCCCCCCCCCCCCCCCCCCCCCCCCCCCCCCCCCCCCCCCCCCCCCCCCCCCCCCCCCCCCCCCCCCUCCCCCCCCCCCCCCCCCCCCCCCCCCCCCCCCCCCCCCCCCCCCCCCCCCCCCCCCCCCCCCCCCCCCCCCCCAGAGGAAAAGUUGGUAAGGGAAGUGAUAAAAAUGCAGCUCAGCUGCAAGCUGAACCCCCUCCAGAAAAAAUAUUAUCUACAGCCCUGCAUUGGACUACUAAUCUUUUUUUUUUAAAUGUCCAUAUAUAUUUUAUGUACAUCUAUAUAUGUUUGGAAUUUAUUAAGACCUUGGAGCAAAUGUCAACCCCCCCUGAUCCAGGACUUUUAAUUCAUCCCUCUCCAAGACGGCAUAACUCAAAUUGUAAAUUUCCUGUCCUAAAACAUUCAUCUGUUUCUGAACCCAUGCUCUUGCCCUGCACUCCUCCUCUUAUUUUGAGUCCGUGA